UGUCAGAGAACUGUCUCCAUGUCAACGUUGUCAUAGUGAAGUUGUCAGGAACUAAACAAUCUGUGUUUGGGUUCAGAGCACAUGCCAGGGUUCCUUGAGAGAGACUUACUCCAGGAUCGGGACAUUUACAAGGAUAAUGACAAGCAGUGGACCUUGGGUUGGGAACUGGAGGCCCCACAAUCCAAGAGGGCCUAUAGCUGCCCUCUACGGUAGUCCGGGGCCCAAAUAUGGCCUGCCUGGACUCACAGGUAUUUCUAAACAUGACCCAACUAAAUUCAAAGCACCAAUGUUCAGCUUCGGGGUACGGCACCAUCAGUCCAAUUCUGACUGCUCGCCUGGACCAAAAUACCUCAUCCCCUCCAACAUCACACGACAGGGCCUAGACGGCACGCCAGCAUUUUCGCUCCACAGCCGUGUCAGGGAGCAAAGACAGUUCCAGGUCCCAGGACCAGGCCAAUACAUCCCAGAGCAUUCAGAAAAGAUGAUCUACCGCUCUGCUCCUGCUUUCACUCUAUCCGGGAGAAUCAAAGACUUCAAACAAAGCCAAACACCAGGUCCAGCUGCUUACAAUCUCCCGCCGGUGCUGGGGCCCAAAACUGUGACCACUGCUGCAGCUCCCACCCCCUCACUGUAUGGUCGAAGUAAGAUUGGGGGCUUCGACGAGGACCUGAAAAAGACCCCUGGCCCGGCUGCCUACAGAGUUGUGGACCCUUAUAUUUACAUGCAGAAAGCUCCGCAGUUCAGCAUGACAGGCCGCAACUUCGCACCUGGUGAAACAACAAAGAAGCCCGGGCCGGGUGAAUAUCGUCCCGAACUGGUGACCUCUACAAGAUUCAAGGCUCCCAGCUUCACCUUUGGACUGCGCCACUCGCAGUACAUCGCGCCCCUUAUCGUAGAUGUGCCUGAAUAAUGGAACAUAUGAUCCAUCCAAAUGUGUGGAAAUAAAGCACAGAGAGCAACAUGCUCAGUAUUA